GCUAACGGAGGUGCAGACGAGCGAUCCGUUCAGGCAUUCCGAACAAUGGGAGGAGAUCGCUUGGCGCCUCAGAGAUGUCCUCAAGAAGCCUUUUACGGCGCGCUGUGUGCGCGAGCGCCUAAAUCUGCUGCUGUCGCGUCACUUGGCGAACGAUCGCCGAAAUCAAAAAAAGUAAGUCUGCAGUUGUUUUACAGCACGGUGCAAAAUAAGGCGCCUUGGUCGUUGUGCGAGCUUGCUUAAAUUAUUGCAAUUGAUGUUUGUAGGUCCGGAACCGAAGAAGAAUACACCGAGCGCGACCAAUUGCUCCAAGAUAUACUGAGCCUCAUUCAAGGCACCUCGUACAAAGUGCGCUCAGCGAAGAAGUCACGCAAGGUCUGCAGUGGCGACUCAAACGUACAAGCGCGAAAAUCGGCAGCUGCUGCCAGGGAUGUUCAUGCAAGCAGGUACGCAGAGCGCAGCACAGUCUUCAUCGACGAGUGUGACACCGCUGACGACGAAUUUGACAUUGCUAGUAAGUGUCCCCUUCGUGGUUGCUGUUUUUCUCGUUACCGUAAGUGCAAUCGUUUUUUUUUUGUCUUACAUGAGGGCAGCAUACUGCACUGAAAUGCGCUCGUGUGUGCUCUGUUUGCAGGCCCCACUGGUGACGUAACGCCGGCGCAGCUGCUCACUCGCAUGGUGACUGCGGAUGACGACGACGGAGAACGGGAAGACGACAUCAGCGAAAGUGCGAUGAGCAUCGACCGACCGGUUUCUACAGAGCCUCAAUCGGCUGCAGCUACCCAUGCAGUGCCUAAUUCCGGAGAUACCGUAUGUGCGGCGACUCUCGCAACAGCGGGGCAUAGGAGCACCGAACCACCUAGGGACGCGGAUAACGUACUACAUGCAGCGGCUGUGUCCGCAACAGUAGGGUGUAGGAGCACCGAACCACCUAGGGACGAACCGACGCAUUCUCAAGCCCCACCAAGCUACCCCAGGCGCGGAAAAAGACAACAAGAACAGGCAGACUACGACUUUCUGCUGAAGAGAAUGAAACAUGAUGUCAUAAUGAAAGAAAAAGACAUGCAGAUGGAAUCGCGUAGGCUUGCCUUUGAGGAGAGCAAAGUUGCUUUUGAAGAGAGACGGCUAGCUUGGGAGAAAGAGCAGGCGAUGAUGAUGGCCCGUGAAAGGGAAGAGGAUCGCAGAGCACGAGCAGAGGAGAGAAAAGAAGAAAGGCGCAUGCGGGCCGAAGAGAAACAAGAAGAGAGGCGAGAGCGGGCUGAAGAACGUAGACUUCUUGCCGCACAGCAGGAGGCAUUUAUAAGCAUUCUGCAGGGCCUACUGCCGAAGAUAAAUAUGCAAUAGAUGCAAUAGAUGGUGGAAC